GACGAGGUUGUUGAAUAAAGUGUUGUUUUGGUUGCUCCUGUUACGUACAUAUUUAAAUAAAGUACAUAAUUCUACAAUGAUGGCUGACUGAAACAACAGAUACCGGGAAGGACAUAACAAACUAGGAGGCUGUCCAUUCUUUUUACAAGUGUUGGCUGACUUGGAAUAAAACAGCAACAUGAGCCACGUUCACGAAGGCCCGUUGGCCACCUACAACAGUCUGACAGACAGAAACUUGGCAGGGUACUUCUCCAAUAUCCGCAUGCGGCGCCACCUACGGAAGUCUGGACUGAUAAGUGGACGAGGAAGAAUCGUCUCCGAGAAUCAGUAUAGGCUCAACAUGGCACGCAAGGAACACAAAAGACAUGUCAAGGACCUUCUGUCACAAGCCAUCGUACACAAGACUCUUGACCUUGAGCGCACACGACAGGUUGAGAUCAAACGCAAGCUGGAGGAGAUUGGCAAGAUUGAACUGGUUCGCAGAGUGAGAGCCGCCAAUAAGAAAUCUGAAAGUGCUGACCUUUUACCUCUCUUGACCCCAAAAAUGAGAAAGAGGCCGACACCAUCUGUCGUAGAAGAGGUGGUUAAUGAAUUUCAGAACGCACUUACUUGUCCACCGAAGCAUGUGGUGAUAUAUGUGGAUGAGAAUGGACGACCUUUAACCCCAACCUCAGAAAUGGGAGAGGAAAGCCACUCCCCUUCCCGUUCAAAGGGACGACAGGAAGAAAUAGAUACCAGACACUUGUAUGCGCUUGACUCCAAUUCUCUUAAGAAGUAUGCCCUGACAUUAUCUAAGAUAGAACAAGGGGAGGGAUUAAUGUCUCCCUACGGUAUGAACCAAAUACCAACCCCUCCCCGCAGUGCACGCAGUGGCAAGGGAAAUAACUCUGCCCGGGCCCGUGGUUCAAGGCCAAGGACAGCUGAUGCCAGGAUGUCAUCACAGAGGGACACACCAGAAAAACGAUCUCCGACCAUGAGAAACACAGAUGAAGAAUCACGCCCAUCAUCACAAUUAUCUGUAGUGGAAGGGGCAUUGAUGCUUCAUCGCCAGGAACCAGCAGUGAUGCAUCAAGGGGAAGUACAGACACUAUGUGAGAUCACAAUGAAAUACCACGGACCAAACCUUACUCUGCCACGGGACCAGUAUGAACCCAAACAGGAAGUCGCCAUCGACCAGCAGCAUUGUGGGGGAAAUACACUGACUGUUUUCAAAGAGAGGCUAAAGGCAGGAGACAAGUUUACGUUUAUAUCCCGACGUCACCGUGGUUUCCCAUUCAGUCUGUCGGUAUACGUUGAUGGCCGUAUGGACUUCCGGAUCAGCCGCUGCUGUGAAUACAAACACUUCAAGGGAGUCCGACUCGGAGGCAAGCUUGGACACUUCAGUCUACUGGGUGUAGAGGGAGCCACUCCCUGUUACAGGUGUGCUCUGAACACCCAGGCCACGCCCAGAAGUCUCAAACGCCCCGUCCCCGUCAAACAGAAGAACAACAAAGCCGAGGAGAUCAGGGAGGAAAUCAUCGUACCGAAACCAAUACAGAAACGAAAGGAUGAGAAAACUGAAGAAUCGGAAGGAUACGAUGAUGACUUUGAAGAGGAUGAGGAUGACAAGAAAAAAACUAAUGGAAAGUAUGAGGAAGACCGUUUUGAGUCCUCAUCAUCAUCAUCUUCAUCUGAAGAUGAAGCUCCACCUGCAAAGACGAAAUCAACAACGAUCACAGGAUAUGAAGAUGAAGUAGAAGAUGAGCCCCCUGUCAGAAAAUCUAAAUCCAAAACGGGCCUGGAUCACACACGAAAGAUUGAGGCAUUUUCGUCUGAUAAUGAAGAUGAAGAUGAAAACACCAGUGCAACUGAGACAUUUGUCAUCACAACCAGCACAGCUGAUAAACCCUCGGCUGGAACUGAUGCCAACGUCUUCAUCGUUCUUAUCGGGACAAAUAACAAAUCCACCGGAAAAAUCUGGCUGAAGAAGGGAAAGUUCCACAGAGGAAGGUCGGACAUAUUUACAGAGAAGGUUCCGGACAUUGAGAGUCCCGUGAAAGAUAUUGAGAUCGGCCAUGAUUGUAGUGGGGGUCCAAAACAAACGUGGAAUUUACAGGAAGUUCAUGUGUACUGCCCCAGAACCGGAAUAAAGCAAACAUUUCCCGUCUAUAAACUCCUCACACCGGAAAAUCCAAGUGUCACUGUGUCUGAGCAGAGAUCUGUAAGGAAGAACGUGAAAGAGGAUGAUUACCCCAUGCGUCGGAGCAGUACAAGCAGUAGCAGCAGUUCCUCAUCCUCUUCAUCAGAAUCUGGUCGUAAGGCAAAGAAAGAAGUUGCCCUGUCUGUUUCCGUGGAUACUAGGACUGAGAUGACAGAGUCGACAGAGAGGCCACCGUCCUCAGCUUCGUCCCACUCGAUUGAUGUGGACUCCCCACGACCUGAAACACCAUCUAGGAGAUCACCUUCACCAAGGCGACGAUCACCUUCCCCUCCUUCUCCUAGGAGACGAUCACCCUCUCCUCCGUCACCAAGGAGACGAUCCCGCUCCCCUUCUUCAUCUAGAAGCAGAUCACCUUCACCAAGAAGAAGAUCACCCUCCCCUCCAUCAACACGUCCCAAAUCACCCGAGCGAUCCCCAACGCCACCUCGUCGUGAGGAGUCGCCCUCACCUGUACUAUCUACUGUAGUAAAAGAUGAGCCUGUUAAAGCACAGCUAAUUAUUGAGAGGAGUAGCAGCACAACCUCAUUCUCCUCUGAAACUGAGACGGAAUCAGAAAUGCCGCAGAAAGAGGAUAGGAAAUUUAUAGGCAAGAAGGAAAAGGAAGUGGAGCCAAUUCCCGUCCCUGCUGUGUUCUCCUAUGAAACCCCGUUCCAACACAGCGAGAGCAAACAACUAGAGGUACGUCAGGGUAUCCAAGAGACACCUCGGUCAGCAACCAGUGGGUCGAGUUCAGACUCUAGCAGUGACUCAAGUGACAGUGAGACCGAGACUGAAACAACAAGAUCCCAACCUCCACCUGUCGUUGCAGCAAAGGUCAAGACGGAGGCACCUGUUGUUGUUCAGGCAACUCCAGCUGUAGAGAGAGCACCGAAAGUUGAACCAAAGUCGUCAGAAAGUGAAACAGAAACUCAGACUGAGACUGAGACAGAGACAGAGAGUGGCAAGCCUGGUGGUAAACCUAGCAUUGUCCCUAUCCUAUCUCUGUCCCCCAAACCAGCGGUCAAGGACACUCCAAGGUCAACCACCAGUGAUUCUUCGUCUGACAGCGAUACAGAGACCCAGACCGAGACUGACACAGACACCAAACGUAGUGUACCACAGCCCCCGAAACCUCCGUCACCAAUCGUGGCAACACCAGUCUCGCAAGAAAAGAGGAAAUCUGAUUCCAGCAGUAGCAGUAGUUCAGGAUCAGGUUCUGAAACAGAAACACAAACUGAGACUGAUACAGAGAAACAGGGUAGAAAACAGCCGAGUCCCCCUCCACAGCCCCGUAAAAGCCCACCUCCUGUUGCUGAGGUAAAAACUGAAAAAGUAAAGUCCUCAACAGAAUCCAGCAGUAGCUCGUCAGGCAGUGAUACCGAAACACAAACGGAGACCGAUACAGACAGGAAAGCAAGAGUGCCGUCACCCCCUCCAGCUCCGGUAACUGUUACUGCUGAGAAAAAGGAGGCACCGAAGAAAAGCUCAGAUGACACCUUUGUUAUUACCGUGGUAACCUCAGACAAACCCUCGGCUGAGACUGACGCUAACGUCUUUAUCGUAAUAAACGGCACAAAUAACAUUUCAAGUGACAAAUUUUGGUUAAGAAAUGGGAACUUUGGACGUGGUCAGAGACACAAAUUUUCUAAAAAGCUUUAUGGAAUUGACAGUCCUGUAAAGGACAUUGAGAUCGGACAUGACUGUAGCGGACAGAAACCGACAUGGCACCUACAGGAAGUUCAGGUGUACUGUGCCAGGACUGGCCUACAACAGAUCUUCCCCGUGUAUAGGUUGUUGUCCUCAGACAAGCCCAGCCUGGUCGUUAGUGAACAGCGAUCUGUCCAGAAAUUUAUCCAGAGUGAAAAUGAUUCUGACAGUGAUUCGGGAAGUGACGGUGACAGUGACUCUAGCAGUGACAGUGAGUCUGAACUGACAGAGGAUGACAAGAAAAAAUUAAAACAAGAGCCCGUAAAGCAAGACCUUCCUCCAAAAGCCAGCUUUCCUCUAACAGACAGUGAUGCCCCCCAUGUUGUCAGCGAGAGCGAUGGCAACAAGUUUAACGUGUUUGGCAGUGGGACCGACACAGACAACAUGCAUGGUGGUAAUGAUCCUGAUAGUGUGACAGCCGCAGGACCAAUCAAAUCUGCAUACCUGUUGAAAAUCGGUGUAAAACCGGGACAGCCACUAGAGGGCAGCAUACUGCCUAAAGUUGCCGGGGAAACAGACAUAGAACUAAGUGCUAUAGCCCUGACAACCGAACAGGUGAAGGAACUGGGUACCUACAUUGAGAAAUCAAAAAACAUCAAGUCCGUUUGUCUGAGGAAUUGUGGGAUUGAUGAUGACAAGUUUGACAAGAUAGUAGACAGUAUUGAAAGUACAGAAUCGGACAUUAAGAUGCUGAACUUGAACCUGAACAAGCUGGGAGACUCUGCUGCUGCUGAUAUAGCGGACAUGUUGGGCGAGAAAUCCUCUGUAGAGAUAUUACUUAUCCAUGGUAACCCACUAGGCGACAAGGGAGUGAAGAAUUUAGUUAUGGGCAUCCUCGACAUAGGCGAUAGUGAUGACGAUGACAAAGGCGAGGUCAAUCUACGAGAGCUGGACCUUGGCGACACCAACAUGGGGGACAGUGGCAUGAGUAGGGUCGCAAUCUUCCUGGAAAAGAACACCACUCUGAAAACACUGAAUCUCAAUGGCAACAAAGCUGUCACUGUGGAGGGAUGGCAGAGACUUGGAAAGGCUCUCAAGAAAAAUAAAACCCUACAUACACUGUCAUUAGAUUUCAACAAUAUUGGUGAUGAAGGAAUUGCUGCUGUUGUCGAGGGGCUCCGGACAAAUGUCACUCUGCAGACACUGGAGCUCGAGGAUGUUGGAAUCACCAAAAAGGGCGGGAAAAUGUUGAGAGACCUUGUAAAAGAUAAUCCAACUAUUUUAGAGGUCACCAUUUUUCCAGGAAAUGAUAUUCCUGACGAUAUCCGUGAUGAUAUUAAAACAUUCCUUGGUUUGAGUAACGAGGCUCACAAAAAGAGGCAGCAGAUGGCCUCAUAGAAUGACAAAAAAAUUAAACCCUGUUGCUAUGGUGAUGAACAUUUUACUUUUAGUAUUCUAGGCUAAUACAUUAGUGCCUUUUAGGGGUUGUAUAGUCGAUGACAUUUGAGAAAUUGAAUUCCUAACAUUCCUUUAUUUUAAACCUUGUUUACGUUUCAUUGUGUGCCAUUAGUCCAAGCUGUUAGUCAAGUUUAUCAUUUUUUUCCUUUUUUGUAACAAGUGAACAAAAUGUUAGGCUUAGACAAGAAAAGAAAAUUACUUUUAUUCAAUAUUGUUACCUUCAUACACAAGCUUAGCUGAUACUUAUGCAAAAACUGAAAUUGUGCUAGUUACAAUUUCAGGUCGAGAUCUUGAAUUUUUUUUUCUUUAUAUUUGUGAUUAUUGUGUUAUUCAUACUUAUAUAUAUAUAUGCAUCAAUUUUCCAAUUCUUCCGUCCGUGUACUUUAUAAACACAAACACUGAUAUUCAGGUAAGCCUCAUUAAUCUAGCCCCCUUGCUGGCUAAAUUGGCUAGAUUGUCAAAGAAUUAAAUACUGGGACACAAAGAGAUACAAAUCCCUCCCAAACAGUAAUGGGAUAGUGGGACAACUGGAUGAGUGGGGGUUACAAAGUGGGACAACUGGAUGAGUGGGGGUCGAAAAGUGGGACAACUGGAUGAGUGGGGGUUGAAAAGUGGGACAACUGGAUGAGUGGGAGUCGAAAAGUCGGACAACUGGAUGAGUGGGACAACUGUGUUACAUGACAAGCGAUGGUUGGGUUAACGAGGUUGGAGUGCAAAUUUACUUAGUUUGUAUUUUGAUUGUUGAUCUGUGAUAACUUUCCUACCACAAACAUUUAUGUGUAUACAAAUUAUAUCUUUUGAUAUACAAAUCAUUCUUUAAAUUUUAUAGCACUGUAUCAAGACUUGAUUCCCGGGAAAUAUCCGUCCUUUUUCUAUGUUUUAGUCUCUACAACUAAUAAUUCAUACAUUAUCAGCAAACUGAAAUUUUACUAGGAAAAUUUAUUUCAGAAUAAUGAAAUUGUUAUAAUAUACUUGUAUAUUGACAAAAUCAAAUGUAUAUAUUGUAUUGUACAUAGUUAUGUUUACCUAGCAUGGCCUUUGAGAUGUGAAACUGGAUUUUAGUCAUUUUUUAUCCCUUUUGUACAGUAAUAUAUACUGUGUUAUAAUUGACUUUAUUGGUGAAUACUGCCUGUCAGAUUUUUGUAAUUAAUGAUGUAAAUAGUUUGGAGGAGGGCUCACAUUAUAUUUUUGUCUUUGAUAUAUAUAUAGAGAAUGUGAGGAGGGUUAAUUACAGGUGGGAUUAUGUCUAGAUUGAUAAGGACCAAGUUUCUUGAGGUAUGUAAUAGAUUAGUACCAUAUUUAUCUGGCAAUAAGCCCAGGCCCGCCCUUAUCUAAAUGCCAACAAAGACUAUUUUAUUAUUCUGUAAUAAGCCCACCACCUUACUACACGUCCCAGAUUAUGUGUCGGUCUCCUGGGCCUCUUGCUGGAUAAAUAUGGUAAUAUCUUACUGAAGAGUGAAUGUAUGUAACAACCACUAUUAAGAUUUGAUAGAUAAAAUGUAGCGGACUUCAGCUUGGGAACUAUUUUUGACAUGUAUUAUGUAAUUUUGCCUGAUGUGUUGUAGCCUUAAUUACUUAGCUGUGUAUAAGUGCCGAGCGUUGUCGAGGAUUUUAGUAGUCAGAGACUGCUGUUUAAUUAUAUUCUACAAAAAAACAUGUGUUAAAGAAUACCCUAUUUUAUCUUUGGUCAGGUAAAAUAUUAACUCAUUCUUGAGCUCGUUCACCUUCAAUGCAUGAAGUGCUUAUUUUCAGAGGGAAACUUUCAAAUAUUGACAUUGUAUAUACAGCCUGUAAGGGCUGGGUAAAUCGCCCAGUAUGGACUAUCAAAAAUAUGGUAACAGAAUUUUAUAAAAUAAAAAAAUGUAUUUCUAAUACAAUGUAUAAGAAUUCAGAAAUUUGGUUCUUUAGAUCAUUACAUUUGAUAGGAUUUUGUUAUCAACAUGAAAGCUGCAUGAACUAAGAUAUGGGUUUAACAGGUUUUUUGUUGGUAUGAUAGAGGCGUUAAUUUAGACAAGCUUUUGUUUUAUUAACUUUGAUAGACUUUACCUAUAAAUAGGCUCUCAUCUAUACAUCUUAUUCAAUCAUCAUCAUAAAGCUUUAGUUAGAAAUACACACAGGAGCUUUACAGUGUUGCUGCCUUUCUCGUCACUUAGCUUGCAAGUGCUGCUGUAAUUAUACAUUAGCACUGAUAUCAAGGAGAAUGAGGUAGUUGAAUUGCCGGACACCGAUAUAUUUAUAAUUUGUAAUGUAUCUUUAAUCUUCAGUUUAAUACAGGAAGUCCCAACAUUUCUCCUUGGUGUAUUUAUAAUACAUUGUUAGUUAGGUUUAUUUCAUUUCUGAAUUAUUUUCAUUUAAAAUUAUUUUUUACUACAUGUAUUGGGAAAUUGUCAUUUGCAAAUGUGCUGUUAUUUUUUUACUUCUUUUAUCACUUUUUAUACAGUGCACAUUUAUUCAAACUCUGGACUUAUUCUCUCAACAACACCUGGAGGCAAGUUUCAGCGUUGCCUUAAGCAGUAGAUAUAUUUACUAAAGGUAAUAAUGCAGAUACUAAACUCCCACUGUGAUAAAAAGAUUGAAUUGCUCAAUUUAAUUGUUGUCAAGUAUCUUGUAUGACUCCUGAUCAACAAUGCAACUUAUUGCCACCCUGAUGAGGAUACAGGGAGAUAACUAUCACCAAGGGAGGUAACUGAAGAUAUUUACUCUAGAUUUUAAUGAAGUGAUAGCACCAUAGAAUAAUUAAGAAAUCCAAGUAUUCAAUUAUAUUUUCCCUGUUAAUGAGCAUCCAUCUGUGUAUUAGUUUAUAGCUAUAUUUAAGUCCAAAUCAAACUGUGAUAGAUACCCGUAAUAAUGUAUUUGUUGAAUGGCUUGCAUUGUUGUGUAAUGUAAAUCCACGUACGAUAAUGAUUUUUGUAAAACUGACUCCACACUUUGUCCUUUCAUUAGCAGAGCAGCACAAAAUUAUUUGAAAGAAUUUUAUUGUUUCAAAUUUUAAAUAUUCAUCAGAUAACUUCUUUUUGAACAUUAUUUCCAGCAAAAAAUAAUCCAAUACAUACAGAUUUUAUUUUGACAAGUCCACAACAAAAUUUUGUUUACUAUUACUUUGCAAAUUGCAUCAAGGCUAAACAAAUUAAGGAUAUGAUGGUUAUCUUGUGUGGAGUAAGUUUGACUAACACUGCGUCACUAGUGCUGUUUGGUGUGGUCUAACACUACAGUUAGAGUAGAACCUGCCAGGAUAACUUAGAUUACAUCGCCACAUUUCUCAAUAAAGCUGUAAUGUAGAAA